AUGGCCCCCCCCACCCUCCCAUCGACCCUAACCCCAACCCUCACCCUCACGCCAACCCCCCUCACCCCCGAAUCCUUCUCCCCCUUCGGCACAGCAAUAACCUCCCCGCUAUCUCGCGACAUCACGACUCCUCCACCCGCCUCAACCCUCUCCACCAUCGCCACCCCACCCCCCGUCCUCGCCAACCAAUCCACCGCCCUAAAAUACUCCCCCAUCUCCCCUCUCCUCGAUACCUACAACACCAGUCCAAGCGGGACACCUUCGUCUGCGAGAAUGUCUAUGUUCUCGUGCUUUCCGCGAAAGUUACGUCCCUCACCACAGCAUACCAACGAGAAGAACAGUGGAGCUACGAAUAAGACGAGGGAAUUGUUUGAUGUCCACAUCCUCGAACGUCACCCCUACACUACCCAAACCUUCAUCCCGAUUGAUCUCUCCAGCCAGACCGUUGCAGGCGGGGCCGAGGAGCCCGUGUAUUUGGUUAUCGUUGCGCCAUCGAUGAAGGGAACCACGGCUAUCGCGAAGGGAGAGAACGGGGAAGAUGUGACGGUGAGGGAUCCCCCGGAUUUGAACCGGUUGAGGGCGUUUGUGGCGAGGGGGAAUACGGCGGUUACGUAUGCGGCGGGGACGUGGCAUGCGCCGAUGGUGGUGGUGGGGAGGAGACGGGUGGAUUUUGUGGUCGUGCAGUUUGUGAAUGGUGUGGAGGGGGAGGAUUGUCAGGAGGUGGUGUUUGGGGAGGGGGUUGUUGUUGAGGUGGAGAGUGGGGUGGACAGGGAGGGUAGCAGAGGGGAAGGGGAGAGGGGGAGGUUGGCGAAGCUUUAG